AAUACUUGGCUUAGGACUGGAAGUAGAAGGCCGCCGCACGUGGGGAAAGAUGGCGGUUCAUCGCUCCGGCCCGCUCAAGCAGAAGAAUAAGACUCACAAGAGCGGAAGACACCGGAGUCGGGGCUCCGCUCAGCGGGACGGCAAAGGUCGCGUGGCCGUGAAAGUCCAGAGCAAGAAAGUGAGGAAGGAGCUUAGCCGAGUGGACCAGCGGCACCGGGCCAACCAGCUCCGGAAGCAGAAGAAGGAGGCGGUCUUGGCGGAGAAGAGGCACCUGGGCAGCAAGGAUGGGCCGCCUCAUCAGGUGCUGCUGGUGCCCCUGCACGCCAGCGUUUCCCUGGGCCAGGCUUUGCAGCUGCUCCGGAGCUCAGACCCGCUGUCGGUGCCUACGGGGGAGCGGGCUGGGACCCCCAGCUUUGUGCUGCUCUGCCCUCAGCUGAAGCGGCGCUGGUUCUUCACGGCUGCACAGCCAGGGGAUCUGCACACUGUAUUGGACCUGGCCAAAGUGGCUGAUAGCAUCCUGUUUAUUCUGGAGCCCAUGGAGGGCUGGGACAGCACAGGAGAUUACUGCCUCUCUUGCCUCUUUGCCCAAGGCCUUCCCACCUACUCUCUAGCCAUCCAGGGGGUUGGGAGCCUUCUCCCAAAGAAACAAGCAGAUGCCAAGAAGAAGCUGAGCAAGGUCUUAGAGAAGCGAUUCCCUGGAGACAAACUGCUCCAUUUGGACACCCCGCAGGACGCUGUACUGCUCCUUCGACAGCUGGCUAACCAGAAGCAAAGGCAUCUGGCCUUUCGAGACCGGCGUUCCUACUUGUUUGCCCACACUGCUGACUUUGUACCCAGCCAAGAGAGCAGCUCGGUGGGCACCUUAAAAUUGUCAGGCUAUGUUCGUGGGCAGACUCUCAACGUAAACCGUCUCCUGCAUAUUGUUGGACAUGGUGAUUUUCAGAUCAAGCAGAUUGAUGCCCCCACAGACCCCUUUCCUCUAAAUCCCAGAGUGAUUAAGUCCAGCAAAGGCACGGACAUGGCAAUGCAGAUCGAUGCUGCGGAUGCCGAUGGUGCGUCCGAGAUGGAGGAGGACAUCAAGGUUCUAGUGAAAGCAGACCCUGCUCGGCAGGAGUCUCUCCAGUCAGAGGUGGUUCCGGACCCCAUGGAGGGAGAACAGACGUGGCCCACAGAGGAGGAACUGAAUGAGGCCAAAGCCUUCUUAAAGGAAAAAGCCAAAGUGGUGAAGAAAGUCCCCAAGGGCACAUCCAGCUACCAGGCUGAGUGGAUUGUGGAUGAGGAAGGCAGCAGCAGUGGAGAGGAGGAAGAAGAGGAGGAGGAUUCAGAGGCUGAGGAUUUCAUGGAGGAGGAGGAUUCAGAGGCUGAAGGGAGCGAGGAAGAAUGUGAGACCGUGACCUUGGGGGAGUCUGUUCGGGACGACCAAUAUGAUGAGAAGAUUGACAGAGAGGCCGAGGAACAAAUGCUGGAGAAAUACAAGCAGGAAAGGCUGGACGAGAUGUUUCCAGAUGAAGUGGACACCCCCAGAGAUGUGGCAGCAAGAGUCCGGUUUCAGAAGUACAGAGGCCUGAAGAGCUUCCGGACGUCCCCGUGGGAUCCUAAGGAAAACCUGCCCCAGGAUUAUGCACGGAUCUUUCAGUUUCAGGACUUUUCCAGAACUAGGAAACGGAUCUUUAAGGAGGUCGAGGAAGAGGAAUCUGAAGGGGCUGAGGUUGGAUGGUACGUGACCCUGCACGUGACAGGGGUUCCUGCCUCUGUGGGUGAGAGCUUCGGGCAGGGCGCGCCUCUGGUCGCAUUUUCCCUGCUGCCGCAUGAGCAGAAGAUGUCGGUGCUGAACAUGGUGGUGAGGAGACACCCCGGGAACGAGGAGCCUGUGAAAUCCAAAGAGGAGAUGAUCUUCCAUUGCGGCUUCCGUCGCUUCCGGGCCUCGCCUCUCUAUUCCCAGCACACUGCAGCGGAUAAGCACAAGGCAGAGAGGUUCCUUCGUCCUGAUGUGGCCUUAGUGGUGACUGUUUAUGCCCCGAUCACCUUCCCUCCAGCCUCAGUGCUGCUCUUCAAACAGAAGCCUGAUGGCAAGCACAGCAAGCAUUAUUUUCUAGAUCAAGAGAUGGAGGUGGGAAAUCUCACACCUACUAAUCUCAUACCCUUUUCCUCAUUUCCCUCAGAGUAUUCAUCUCACUUUCUCACAGAUUCUUCAAAGUUAGAAUCUUAUCUAACAAACACUCUUGUAUCUCAUGACUGUGCACAUGGCUGCCUGGGUUCCAAUGCCUAGAGUUUGGAGAUUGGGGGUGGGAGAAGAAAAUAAGUAUUCAGUGGAGGGGGAAGAGGAAAAUACAACUCAAAAUCCCAGAAGCCUUAGGAAAGGGGCUAAGAGUACAAAUGAGAUAUAUCAAGAGUAUAAGUGAUGAACGUGGGAGGGGCUAUUGGCUUAUGUGUGAAGACAAGAAAGAAGCUUGAAUGUAUUUCAUUCCCCACAAUACUGUUUUGGUCCUUUGUCCCAUUUCUCUGUCCUAAUCUUUUUACUACAGACUUACUUACUCAGAUGUAUAUUCAAAUCUAGAAUCAAUAGCUAAAGAAAGUAAAAGGAUUCAAAUCUACAAUCUUGAUUCCUAGAACACCCCUAGGUCAUAGUUCCCUGCCAUGUCAAUUUUUUUUUUAAACACUCUUUAAAAGACUUCAGACUAUGCUUUCCUCCUUAUCAUGUGGAGUUAUAUCUUUAAAUUGAGGCUCAAUACUAGAUUGACACUGGGAGUACAGUUGGGUGAAGUUGCCAAUCAAUAAAUAUUUAUAAAGUACCUAUUAUGUUCCAGGAACUAUGCUAAAGUUCCGGGAUACAAAAAAAAAGGCAAAAAACAAAGGCAAGGAGUUUACAUUUUAACAGGGAAACAAAUAUAUGCAUGCAAGCUAUCUACAGAAUAAAUAGGAAAAUUAAUGGGGAAGGCACUGAAAUUAUGAGAGACUAGGGGAAAAGCUUCCUGUAGAAAAUGGGAUUUUAGUAAAAGAAGCCAGGGAGACCAGUAAAUGGAAUAGAAGAGUAAGCACAUUCCAUGCAUGGGGGACAGCCUGAGAAAAUGCCCAGACCAGAGAGAGGAUCUUGUUCAUGGUAUAGUCAGAAAACCAGUAGUUGGGGGAAGGUGAGAGGAAAGGAUAAGGUGUAAGAAACUAAAAAGGUAAGAGGGAGAUGGAUUAUGAAGUAUUUCAAUGCCAAAGUAUUUUGUACUUGAUUCAGAAGGCAAUAGGAAACUGCUGGAGUUCAUUGAGAAAGGGGAUGAAAUGGUCAAAUUAGUUACUUUAGGAAAAUCAUGUGAGUGGUUGACUGGAGGACAGAUCCAAGUGGGGAGCGGGGAGAGGCUUUUGGCAGGCAGACCCCACAGCAGGGGUCUGCAGUAAUUCAGGGGUGAGGUCACAAGGGUCCUGCACAGGUGAUAGUGCCCAAAGUGAGAAUAUAUUCCAGAGAGAUAUUGCAAAGGUGAAAUUGACAGGUGUGGACAUGGGAGGUACAUGAUAAUGAGGAAUCCUCCUAGGUUAUUAAGUCUGAAGGACUGGGAGCCUGCUAAUAGAAGGAAAGUAAAAGGGGUGAGAGGAUGAUAAUGACUUCUGUCUGGCCAUGUUGAGUUUAAGAUGUCUAUUGGACAUAAAACUGGCGAUAUGUGAAAGGCAGUUGGAAGAUGCAAGAUUGGGGGUCAGCAGAGAGGUAGAUCCUGAAUAUCAUCAGAAUGGAUUCUCAAGCUGUUAAAAGUCUGAGUAUGCCCUCCUUUGUCCCCAUUCCUACCACUCUGCCAGGAGGGGAAACUGAAUUACUGCCCUCCAUCAGAGAGGCUGAGGGCAACACACAAUCCCCAGGCCUUGGUCCCUGAAAUCAAACACUAAACACUUCAGAAGAUGGGGCCAUCCCCCAAAAUGAAAGGAGUAUAUACACACAUUUCUGAAUUAGUGUGUAACAGGUUUUCCCUGGUCUGAGUCAAUCAGGGAGGACAAUAUCCCAUGUUCAGACAGCAGCAGGUAAGGCCAGGCACUGAGUGGAACAUAAGGUGGAAGGCAGUGGGGGGAGAAGAGUGAGGGGCUGGGCAGUGACUGGGAAGCCACUAACUGUGCAACCCAAGGCUAAGGUUGUUAGGCUCAGCUCUAGCGGUUAUACAGGAUGUCAGACUUUGUUCUGUGACUCAAUUUUACAACUAGAUAUUCAUCUUUCUUUUCCCUGGGCCUUUGAGGAUCUCAGCAGACACUUGGGCAUAAAGCCCAAGUCCAUCCUUGGAGAGGCCUAAGAGCCCAGGAUAGUUGGGGAAACCCUGGAAAGAAGCUGUAAGUAGGAUGAGGUUCCGAGCGAAACAAUUGGAAGGGAAUGCAUACUAAGUGCAUAUUAAGGAGAGCUAAUUAGCCCCAAAUCCAGCAAAGUAGGCAGAGCUACACUGGGCACCAAUGUCUGGCUGAGCAAGAAAGCUUUUUCCUCUUCAUCCAUGGACAAAACACCACCUUCAGGAGAUCAAGAAUGGAAAAUUCAAACCAAAAAAACCCUUGUGUGUGUGUGUGUUUUCUGCAUUUGUCCUGGUACACAUG